GGAGUCACCGAUGGCUGUACACCGUAUCCUUAGUCCAGACUGUGCCUUCUUAGCGAGACACACACCGGCACAUUUGACAGCUCGAACAACCGGGAGAAUCACGAACAGGUGCCCCCACUAAUGUUCGGAGACGUCUACUAAUGGGCUCACCGACGUCGACGGAGGAUACAGCUGAUGUCACAACAGUUGGAACCCAGGAACAAAGUAUUUUGGCCGUGUAUGACCGCUACAAUACUCCCAGAACACCUGAGAAUUCUGACAAUGAGACUGAUGGUGACGGACAGAGUGGGUCCAUGUUGUUUGAGAGUCACAGACUUCUCACCUUCCCCAGCCCCACCCACCCACGUGCUGAGGAGUGGGCAGGGUCGGGAUUUGUGUACGAGAGGGAGGAGGGUGGUGUUAGGUGUGUGUUCUGUGAGCUGCAGGUGACAUAUAACGAAGGUGAACCUGCAACACUUCACCGGGAAAAGUCCAAAAAUUGUCCUCUGGUGAAGUGCCUGGACAUUGGGAACAUUCCACGAGACUUAGAGAAUAAGAUUAGAUCACAACAUCUGGAACAGUCUUGUGACAACACCUGUGUGAGUGGUGACCCCAUGUUUAAACAUCCUCAGUUUGAGGAAACACAAGACAGACUGGAGACAUUCAAGUAUUGGUCUAAACAAAUCAGACCCACAGCAGAUCACCUUUGCAAUGCAGGGUUUUAUUUCACUGGAUACACAGAUAGGGUUGUGUGUUUCGCCUGUGGGUGCAGCCUAAGGAAUUGGGACCCAGAGGCCGACCCCUGGGUACAGCAUGCCAAGCAUGCCCCUCUCUGUGUGUAUGUCAAGCAGCACAAGGGAGACAACUUUAUCAUGGACGCUCAGGAGGCUGAGAUUCUGACAGAGACUGACACAGUUGAAGACCAGGGCAGCCUCUCUGACACCCCCGCCUUGCAGUCCCCGCUGCGCCCCAGUCUGGACAUGGCGGCCAUCAAGGCAGCUCUGGCAUGUCAGUAUGACAUUCAGCAAAUCCGUCAAGCCGUUCUCAAAUUCUUUAUCUUGUCCCGUGGGUUCUACCCUAACGAUGCACUCCUCCUCGGCACACUGCGAGCAUCCGAUGCCAAUUUCUCCCAGCUACAGAAACAAAGGGAGACAAUAUACACAAAUUACAUGAGUCUCAUCAGACAGAGUGAGACCCUCCAGCAGAAGAACCAGGAGAUAGCAAGGAAUAAAGAGGACAUAGAGCGGACCCAGGAGGAGUACCACACAGAGCUGAGUCGGGAGCAGGCACAGAGGCGGUGUGAGGUGCGGGACCUCAAGGAGCACAACAGGGACCUCAAGGAGCACAACAGGACACUGACAGACAGGCUGCAGGGCCAGGCCCAGGUCAUCCAGAGACAGGUCCAGGUGGUGCAGGACAAGGACCAUCACCUGGGACAUCAGGGAGAGGAGCUAGACAGGAAACAGAGGGCACUGGACAGUCUGGCUGAGGAGAACAGGAGGAAGGAUGAGGAGAACAGGAGGCAGGCCGAGGAGAUGAUGAGGCAGGCCGAGGAGAACAGGAGGCAGGCCGAGGAGCUGGAGAGACUCAGGCAUCUUCUGCAAGCUAACAACAUUGAGAACAACGGGCCAGUCAACAACAACGCUGUCGCCCCUGUUGCCCCUGCCGACCCUGUUGUACCAGCAACCCCUGCUGUCCCUAUCGACCGUCGCUGUAAGGUGUGUCUGGGUGAGGAGGCCCAGUGUCUGUUCCGCCCAUGCCGACACGUGUGCUGUGGGACUCAGUGUGCCCCUCGCUUCAUCGGGAACAGGUGCCCCAUCUGCCGGGACAAAGUCAGAGACUGGGAGAUUGUCUUUGUGGCCUAGGAUAGAGAAACAGGGUUUUGUUGUAUCAUUUGCUGAUCACAAGUAUAUUUUCACAAGGAAAUAUUCCCCAUACUUUUCAUAUAUAUAUAUAUAUAUACAUUAUAUAUUCCCUUUCUGAAAACUCUUCAAAAUGAUGAUAUAAGAACAAUAUUUUUCUCAAGUUGAAUUGAAUGUGAAGUUGCAUAUAUUCUCCUCCAUCUCAUUACAUAAUCAUAUGCUGAGAAUUAUUUGAUAUAACCAACACAGAUACCUCUUCUGAGGGACAUGCUGGUCAUGCUGUUUAGGUUUCACAAACAUUAAAUGUUUACUUCUACAGCUAUAAUUCUCAAUACUGUCAGGAACUAUGUUAGAUCGAGGUGUGUCUCCUCCUACUGCAUGGACAUACACACAUAUGGCAGGGGUGCAGCUCCUAACUGGGGGCAAUUAGGGUUCUAGGAAUUAGUUUUUAGUCAGAUAGGCACCUGUAUAUACCUGAAUGUAUAUUAAGGCUGUAUGUAUUCCAUCUGUAUCUGUCUGUGUUCUAUUUAUAUCCAUGUCUGUCUCUGUCAAGCUGCUGGCAGCUAUACCUGUUAUUCUGUCCUGGUGGAUAAUCUCUUAUACCACCCUCUGUCUUUAUAGAUAUAUUUUACACAUGAAAUAUACUUUUAGAAGUUGAAGAUUUUUAUUUAUUUUUCAUGUUGUUCAUAAUUGUUGUACAUAAGACAUAGUAAGGGGCAUGCCACUUUGUCUGUGGACUCUCAUAUUCCAUAUUACCCAGAAUGUACUCUUCAAUCUGACAACAUUGUCUGUUUCUCUUUAUCAGCUUGCCAUUCUCAUUCUUGAUAUUAUACAAGUUCUAGUUAAUAUGAUGUUUGAGAUGAAUUUUGUUUUAUGAUUGUAAAUAGCACUUGGUGUACAGAAGAGGGUAUGCAUUUUCAUCAUCAAUCAUACCAUAGAUAUAGUAACUGGACAGUUUUCUAUGAAUGUAUCCACAUACCCAUCUCACAGUUGAUG